GAAUCCGAUUCUAUCCACGCCACCCAUACAAUGGUAAAUAAAAUAUUAAGAAAUGACUACAUUCAAUGCACCAAAAGUCUUCUCUAAUCGAAUCUCUCUGUUCAAAUGUUGAACAAUACGAGGAGAGGAGGGACUGGGACACCUUUUUCUACUUUUCCCAGGUUUUUAUUUCGCAUUUAACCCUACUCACACUCACACACACUUCCACUUCCAACCUCUUACCCCUCCUCCUGCUUCCAAGCAUCUCCUACUUGGAUGGCUUUCUCUGAGUUUCGUCCGUUGGAUGAGAAGACCCUUGUAGAUUACGUAAAGGCCGUACCUGUUCUCUCCUCUAAGCUCGGAGGCAACCUCGACGAUUUGACCAUUAAGGAAGUCGGAGAUGGUAAUCUCAAUUUCGUCUACAUUGUAAUCGGCUCCUCUGGUUCUUUAGUCAUCAAGCAGGCUCUGCCAUACAUACGCUGUAUAGGGGAGUCAUGGCCAAUGACAAAGGAAAGAGCAUACUUUGAAGCAGUGACAUUAAAAGAGCAUGGUCGCUGGUGCCCGAAUAAUGUUCCAGAAGUUUUUCAUUUCGACCGCACCAUGUCUUUGAUUGCCAUGCGGUAUUUGGAGCCUCCACAUAUAAUCCUAAGAAAAGGGUUGAUUGCUGGAGUUGAGUACCCACUGCUGGCUGAACACAUAUCAGAUUACAUGGCAAAUACUCUUUUCUACACAUCUCUCAUUUAUCGGUCCACAACAGAGCACAAAAAGGCUGUUGCUGAAUUUUGUGGGAAUGUGGAGUUAUGCAGGCUCACUGAGCAAGUUGUUUUCUCUGAUCCUUAUAAAGUAUCUGAAUAUAACCAUUGGACUUCCCCUUAUCUUGAUGAAGAUGCUGAGGCUGUUCGAAAUGAUGAUGGUUUGAAGGUUGAAAUCGCUGAGUUAAAAUCCAAGUUCUGUGAGAGAUCCCAAGCGCUAAUUCAUGGGGAUCUUCACACUGGUUCUGUGAUGGUCACUCAUGACUCAACUCAAGUUAUAGAUCCAGAAUUUGCGUUUUAUGGACCAAUGGGUUUUGAUAUCGGUGCUUUUUUGGGAAACUUGAUUUUGGCUUACUUUGCACAAGAUGGGCAUGCUGUUGGUGAAAAUGAUCGUAAGAAUUACAAGGAGUGGAUUUUGAAGACAAUUGAGGAUACCUGGACUCUUUUCCGUAAGAAAUUUACAGCUCUUUGGGACAAGCACAAAGAUGGUUCUGGCGAGGCAUAUCUUCCUGCAAUUUAUAACAACCCUGAGCUUCAGCUGCUUGUUCAAAAGAAGUAUUUUGAAGAUUUAUUACACGACACAGUUGGAUUUGGUUCUGCAAAAAUGAUAAGGAGAAUUGUUGGUGUGGCACAUGUUGAGGAUUUAGAAUCUAUUGCUGAUCCUAGCAAACGAGCUACAUGUGAGAAGCGUGCCCUUUGUUUGGCAAAGAUGCUGCUGAAAGAAAGGCGUAAGUUUCACGACAUUUCUGAAAUUGUUUCAGCUGUUAGGAACGUCCAGUAAUGACUGAUUUCUUAGUAUUAGGGAAACAAAAUAUAUGAUAACUGGCAUGAAAAAUAUCUGUCUUUCUGGAAAUGAUUUCGAGUGCCCGAUAUUGUUUGUUUUUACUGCACAAUAUGAAGCUUUGCGUAAUAAUAAAAUUUGUGUUCCUUGUGUUUUUGUAAUGCCGAGUUGGCCCGAUCCUCUUUGGGGGAAGCUUAGGCAAGGCUAAUGGAAACAAAUCUGAUUCUUGGUGGGUGUUGGUUUGAUUAUCUACUUACAGUAUUGUCUUUUAUGUUGGAAUAAGAAAAUCCAUACUUACCAUUA